CACUAAAACGCUUCUAGAUACAUCCGUAUCUAGACAAAUCUAAGACAAAUUUUUUGGGACAGAGAGGGUAUAUUUUACAUCGUAGUGAUUUGGUGUAUGCAAUAAUCAUAUUAUGUUAGCAAUGGAACAUAGUUCGUCACAAUUUCUUUCCUUCAGGUUCAGAAUUACGAGCAUAACCUCAGUAUCUAGAUGCAGAUGUUCCUCUGAAUUAUCCAGCAGUGCUCCAUCUUCCUUAAACCUCUCUCUCUCUCUCUCUCUCUCUCUGUGUGUGAGGACACUAAUCAUAGCAGAGCACGAAGGCGGGCUCGUCAAGCCAUCUUCCCUGGGCGCGUUGGCGGUUGCUGAGGCCAUCGCCAAAGAGAACAAGGUGUCUCUUCUUCUCGGUGGAUCCGGACCGAUGCUGCACAAGGCUGCCCAGCAUGCUGCGUCUAGCCACCCAUUGGUCAAUGAGGUUCUUGUUGCGGAUUCAGAUGUGUUUGCGCAUCCUUUAGCUAAGCCUUGGGCCGCGCUGCUCCGCUCCGUGCAGCAAAAAGGUGGAUACUCUCACGUGAUAGCCUCGUCGACGUCGUUUGGGAAGAAUUUGCUUCCACGUGCAACGACUCUUCUAGAUGUCUACGCUGUCACGGACGUCGCUGCCAUAUCUGAACCACGGGUCUUUGUGAGGCCAAUUUAUGCUGGAAAUGCUCUCUGCAAUGUACGAUAUACCGUGGAGUCUCCUUGUAUGAUGAUUAUUAGAUCAACAUCAUUUUCUCCAGCUACUAAGUAUAUGUCAGAAACUAAAGUUGCGCCCAUAACCCAGGUUGAUCUCUCUUUCCUCAGGGAAGCGAGCUCAAGGAAACCUUCAUGGGUGAAUCUUACAUCCCAAGACACAGAACGGCCAGACCUGGCAAAUGCACGUGUGGUAGUCACUGGAGGUAGAGGUUUGAAGAGCACCGAGAAUUUCAAAUUGUUGGCGCAGCUGGCAGAGAAACUUGGCGCAGCAGUGGGUGCGACCAGAGCUGCCGUCGAUGCAGGAUAUGUGCCGAAUGAACUUCAAGUAAGAUCCUCAAGUCUAUUAGUCAGAAUCGAACUGAUUGUCAUCCGGCUUAUUUGCGAUGGGGCAACGCAAAAGAAUCACAACUCUUGAGAGACGAGAGGACGAACAUGCGCUGCUUUGUAUC